GGGGCGUGCGGGCGGGCGGGGCGGAGGAUGGGUCCGGGGGCUGCGCCGCGGCCGUGGGGGUCCGGGCUCGGGGGGGUCCUGCUGCGGGCUGCCCUCCUCGGGGGGGUCCUGCUGGCCGCCCGCGGACAGCCCCCCGGAGACGGGGACGGGGCAGAGCCCUGCCGAGCAUGCCGCGGCCUGGCUGACAGCUUCAGCAGGGGCCUGGAGCGGACAGAGCACAAGGGCUUCGGUGGGGGCAACACAGCCUGGGAGGAGGAGAAGCUGGCUAAGUACCAGCACAGUGAGACCCGUCUGCUGGAGGUGCUGGAGGGUGUCUGUUCCCCCUCGGACUUUGCCUGCAACCAGCUGCUGGAGCAGAGUGAGGAGCAUGUGGAGCAGUGGUGGUUUCAUGAGCGGCAGCAGCACCCCGACUUCUUUCAAUGGCUGUGCAUGGACAGGCUGGCACUCUGCUGCCCGCCUGGCACCUAUGGCUCUGACUGCCAGCCCUGUGCCGGUGGGCCCCGGCAACCCUGCAGUGGCAACGGGAGAUGUGAUGGUGAUGGCACACGCCGUGGCACCGGCCUGUGUGUCUGCAGCCCAGGCUAUGGCGGCCCCUUCUGUGCCGAGUGUGGCGACGGCUACUACGAGGCUUCACGGAACAAGAGCCACCUGGUAUGUGCCGAGUGCUACCGGGCGUGCGGGCGCUGCACGGGGCCAGAGGACUCCAGCUGCCUUCGCUGCAAGAGGGGCUGGGUGCUGCACGAGCGCCGCUGUAUCGACAUAGAUGAGUGUGGCACAGAGAUGGCACACUGCCGAGCCAACCAGUUCUGCGUCAACACCGAAGGCUCCUAUGAGUGCCGAGAUUGCUCCACAGCCUGCAUUGGCUGCAUGGGUGCUGGGCCAGCUCGCUGCAAGAAAUGCAACAAAGGCUACUGGCGGGAUGGAGCCAAGUGUUUGGAUGUGGAUGAGUGUGCAAGCACUGAGGAGCCAGUGUGCACAGGGGAGCAGGAAGUGUGUGAGAACACAGAGGGCAGCUACCGCUGCGUCUGCGCCCAGGGCCAUGUCCGGCGGGACGGGCAGUGUGUGGAGGACAAGCCCCCUGAUGCCCCAGAGAAGGGCUUCUUUGAUGACGUGACAGAUGACGAGGUGGUGGUGCUGCAGCAGAUGUUCUUCGGUGUGAUGAUCUGUGCCCUCGCCACGUUGGCUGCCAAGGGUGACAUGGUCUUCACUGCCAUCUUCAUCGGUGCCGUGGCUGCCAUGGCUGGCUACUGGCUCUCUGACCGCAGCGACCGUGUCCUCGAUGGCUUCAUGAAGGGCAGAUAGCUCUGGGGCUGCCAGGCGCGAGUUGGGGGGGCCCAGCUCAGCCUGGGGUGCAGGGUAACCCCCCUAGCAGGGGCUGGCUGCUGAGGCUGGAUCCUGUGCACGGUGCUGUGCCCUGCAUGUAUUCCCUGGCCCCCUUAGCGUAGGGUCUCACCUCCCCCCUGCAGAAGAAGCCAGGGGUGCCGGUCCCCACAGGGCAGCCUGGUGAUGCUGAGCAAUGCAGCAUUGUUGGGGGGGCACAGCAUGCUGCCCCAGCCCCUCAUGCUCUAGAGCAGAGACCUGGCACCAUGUCAGGUAGAGGGAGUGUGGGGGCAGGUUGGGGGGGUGUUCUACAACCACUAGUUGCUGAGGCAGUGAUGCUGGCAGAGCUCAGCCCUGCUUCUUGCCCAGCAGGAGUCCCCCAGACUGGGGACUGCUGGGCCUGUGGGAUCUUGUGUUCCCCUUUCCUGUGGUAUCAGUCCCUGUGGGGCAGUGGGGGGCUGGGUCCCCCUUCAACCCUAAGCCAUGGGGUUGGGACAGCUUCCCACCACCACCACCCACCACCCCUUCCUCCCCCAUCCCUGGGCAGAGCCCAUCUCUCCCCUUCCAGGGCAGAGGGGCCAGGGCUGCUCCUGCAAGGAUCCGGCCUGCUCCUGGGGGGGUCCUGCUGGAUGCAUGAGUGUGGCCAGUGCAUUUGUGAUUUGUCUGUCAGGGUGUGCCCAUCUGUCUGUGUGUCCAUAUCUCAGGAAAUAAAAGUUCUGCACACCCAGCCCA